CGCACGUGUCGGAUGCACUACCUCGGGCUCGGCGCGCCCGGCCCCUUGCACUCGAGGCCACUUCGGAUAAAAUCAAAACAAAGCAAAGUGCACACCGGCCUCCAAAAACUGCGCUGCCUGCCCCCAGGGGUCGGCUCGCGACCUGUCCGUCCCCUCCACCUACAGCUCCGUCCCCGGGCGGCGGGGCCCCGAAGAGCCUCGCCGCGCCCUCCUCCGCCCAGCGCGGCGGAAACGGCUCUGCGGCGCAGUCCAAGGCUGCUGGGACGCGCGCCGCGGAGACGGAGAGGAGCCGCCCUCACCCCCAAGGUCCAGAAGGAAAAGGAGCAGUGGCAGGGUCCUCGCCGGUCGUGGGCGAGCAGCCCCCAGUAAACCCCUUCCUCCUUUCACUGGCGAACUUUUCUCUCCGCUUUUAUGUCCACUUCUUGUCGUACU